UACUAUAGGCUAAUGCGACCAAGGCCGAAUUAUGAGAAACAGAAAUUAUUAAUUAAUAGUUUAGCUGGAUCUUCGGGCUAUCUGUUAGUUAACCUCACCUCCCGAUCCGAGUCAUUCUUUGAUUAGUUCACGUCUGGAGUCUUCGGGUCCGAGUCGUUCCUUCAUCUCGUUUCCGGUACUGCAUGAUGCAUUGCCUAUGGGGCGGCCACCGGAAGAACGAACGACUCAAACCCGAAGACUCGAGACGUGAACUAAUCAUUUCCGUUUCAUGUACAGUACCUAUGGGGAUGUCUCUGCGCAUGCACGGUCAAAAAAUGAACGAAUCACUCUCUGAGACAACUCGUUGUUCCCGAGUCAUAUUAAGGAUUCGCUCAAAAUGAACGAAUCGUUCAUGAACGACACACCAGUAAUGAGGUGGUGGUGCUGAGAGUCGUAUUCUCCACGCGCGUGUGAAUUAAAACGCAUUUAAUCAUGCCGAUGAAAGGAAGGUUCCCCAUACGGAGGACGUUAGAAUAUCUGCAGAAAGGAGAAGUGGUCUUCAAAAACUCGGUGAAGAUUAUGACUGUGAAUUACAACACGCGUGGAGAACUGAGCGAAGGCGCAAGGAAAUUUGUGUUCUUCUCUGUGCCACAAAUCCAGUACAAAAAUCCCUGGGUUCAAAUAAUGAUGUUCAAAAAUAUGACCCCAUCACCUUUUCUCCGAUUCUACCUGGGUGAUGGUGAGCAGGUAUUGGUGGACGUAGAAGGAAAGGACUAUAAAGAAAUAACCCAGCAUGUCAAGAAGAUCCUGGGCAAGUCAGAUAAAGUUCUGCAAGCGGAGGCGUUAGCCAAGAUGGAGUCCUCAAACCCUGCGAACUUCGGGCCCAAAAAAUACUUCCUGCGCGAGUGUAUAAGCGAAGUGGAAGGUCAGGUUCCUCACCCAGGUCGCGUGCCUUUGCCAAAAGAGAUGACUGGCAAAUACAGGACCAAAAUGGCUGCGAGCUCUGAGGACUAAACCUGGUCACAGGAAAAAGGACAGGACAGGAUUGUAACAUUUCAUCCUUUAAUCAGUUCUUCUGCCCAAAUGGACUGCAGUCAGUGUGUGAAAAUGCUUUCCUCAUACUGUGGAAAUAAUAAGCAGCCAUGGUGUGGGUUUUUUUUUUUUUUGUAAAAUAUAAAAUGGACUGUUUGAUUACUACUUGGUCUUCACUAAGACAUGAUGAUAAAUGAAUGACACCACAGUAAAGAUUCAUUUGACCGCAA